CGUGCCGUCACACCCGUAGAGUCCUUCGACACCAACAUCUACCAGGUCUCUAUGGGGCAUGACCUCAGCUACCAGUUCGGACAGAAAGGAGCGGAGUUGAACCGUUUCAGAGACGACGAGAUCGUCUUUGGGAGGCUGAACGAGCCGUCGGCAGCCAGUCCACGCCCUGAUAGUGCUGGUAGUUUGGCCAUUUUCCGCAGCUCCAGCAGUGAUGAGUUCCAGUCACCGCUGAGGGCUUUCUUAGACUUUGGUGUGUGAGAGGACCGUCUGUAUACAUAAAGUAAUAAAAGACAUAGAACGUUACAGUAGUUUGACAUUUAUAGGUAGUUUUAUUGUUUGCUAGAAAAAUGUAUGAUUAAUUACAAUGAACAUUGGCCCAGACAAAUUAUCUUCAUCUAUUAAACAUUUAUAUUUAUUACAGCGCUCAUAAUUUACACAGUUUAAGUUCAAGCUUUGAUGCUACAGUGAAUGAUUAAGCGGUUAAUUGCUAUUGCGAUCGUUAAAUGAUAAGCAGUAGCUAUAGAAAUUAAGAAUAUGCAAUAGCUGAGAUCGUCUAUCUGGGCAUGCAUUAAAUAAGAUAUGUUAUAAGAAUUGGAAAAAUAUGCUUUCUUUCUUUCCAGUGGUGACUUGAUAUUUGGUUUGAUUAUU